UUUAUAGGCAUUUCGUUCCGCACUAGACGAACAUAUACGAACAUUACCGAAUGAAGCAACUGUCAACUGAUGGAGGCUAGGGCGACGAUUGUCCUCUGAGGAAAGAAAACGGCUGGUUGAGUGUAGUGUUGUGUAACGUAAUAAUUUAUUUUCGAAGAACAUAUAAACUAGAAUAAUGCCAUCGCUUUUAUUUUGCGGUCCGAAGAUGGCCGCUUGUGGAAUAGUGAUCAGCAUAUGGGGAGUCAUCAUGCUGGUGAUGUUGGGGAUCUUCUUCAGUGCAAAGUCAGCUGUGCUGAUUGAGGACGUACCUUUCACUGAGGAGGACAUCCGCAAUGAUAAGAACCCACCGGGAACCAUCUAUGGACUUUACAACCAGGUUGGCAUCAAUUGCUUCAUUGCGGCAGCCAUCUAUGUUGCGGUGGGGGCAGUGUCACUCUGCCAGGUCAGACUGAACAAGCGACAGGAGUACAUGGUGACCUAAGUCCCCUGCUUUGUGGAAGAGGAAGUUACAUGAGUAGACUUUACGCAUACACUCCAGAGUCUUAAGGAAAGCACCAUUAUAAAAAGCUAUUUAUUUGUACCUUGAGAGGAAAUCAUUCCACAUGAAUCCUCUCUUCUGUUACUAGCUGAUGUUUUCAUUCCUUGUGUUUACAUGACUAUUUAUUGAAUUGACAAACUGAUAAUUGAAGUGUAAUUAAAUGUUAUUCUUGUUCCCCUCAGUCCAACGUGAUGUGCUAGAUAACUCGAGGUGCAAUGUGACCGAUGACUACAAAGUUAUAAAAAUAUGUACAGUUGAAUUCACAGCAGUUUAAUUGAAAUCACAAAAUGUAUAGAACGUCACUUUCUCUGUCAAACUAAGAGAUGUCAAAUGGUUGAAUGUGUACAUUGUUUGUGCACCGUUUUGUGUUUAUGUAGUGUUGUGGAUUGUACAGUUAUGCUGUAAAAAUAGAGCUUGUCUUAAUGUGAUAGUCUUAUGUUGUAGUAAGUUCCUACUAGAAUAUGGUGCACAAAAUGUUUAAAUUAAGUAUGUAUUUAUUGUGUUAAUUGUAUUUCCUCUGGAUUGUAAUGCUUUGAAAAGAUCUAUAAAUUGUACUUGUCAUGAAA